AAACUCAUGGGUUUGACAAAGCACAAGCAGAAACAAUUGUAUCAGCACUGAGCACUUUAUCAAAUGUGAGCCUGGAUACGAUUACAAGGAAAUGAUCACACAAGCUCAACAGGAAAUAACAGUACAACAGCUGAUGGCUCAUUUAGAUUCCAUCAGAAAAGACAUGGUCAUUCUAGAGAAGAGUGAAUUUGCAAACCUGAGAGCAGAGAAUGAGAAAAUGAAAAUUGAGUUAGACCAGGUUAAGCAGCAACUGAUGGAUGAAACCAGCAGAAUCAGGGCAGAUAAUAAACUGGACAUCAACCUCGAAAGGAGCCAAGUAACAGAUAUGUUUACAGACCAAGAAAAGCAACUUAUGGAAGCAACCACAGAAUUUACCAAAACGGAUACUCACAUCAAAAGUAUUAUUUCAGAGACCAGUAAUAAAAUUGAUACUGAAAUUGCUUCCUUAAAACCACUGAUGGAGUCUAACAAGCUUGAGACUAUUCGUUAUCUCGCAGCCUCCAUGUUUACUUGCCUGGCAAUAGCAUUGGGAGUUUAUAGAUUCUGGAAGGAUUCCUAAUGCUCCUACUGCUGCUGCUGACUUCUUAGAGCACUACAUCAGGACAGAUUGUCUUUUAACAGUGUCAGUUUAGCAAACAUUUACUACAGAAUUAUUCAAAGUAUGAAUGGACUGCUGAGAAGUAUUUUAUGUUUAUUUUACAUGCCAUUAUUUUAUUAUGUUGAAAAGCUAUCAUCCAAAAUCUGAUUUAUAUAAGACAGAAAGGUAUUUUUGUCUCUAGAGUUGUUUGAUAGUUAAAAACUUAAACAAGAGUGUUGUGUUUGAAAAACUUUGUAAAUCAAGUAAGGUUUUGCUGAUAUCUGAUGCAAAUUGAAAAUACUCCCUCUGUACAUACUGACUGGCUUAAUUUUCCUAACAGCUAUUGGACAGUUAAAUUUUUAUAGAAAAUAAAAACU